UAGCGUCAAACCAAGGGUUUAUCAUAACAAUAUUUUCUUUCGGCGUUUCGCACGCUUCCGAAACUACUUUUCACAUUUUCACAUUUUCCAAUCAAAUCUACAACACACAGCGAAAUGAGCGACGAUUACUUAAGUAAACCGCUAUCCUUUGGAUCAGGACAGUCAUCAUCAGCAGGCAUCGUAUCAAGUCCACAGCUGCAGCCUUUGUCGCCGUACCUAAACUAUGAUUCCCGAUACCUGCAAGCCCAACCAGAAUUCAUUUUCCCCGAAGGUGCUUCCAAGCAGCGGGGCAGAUUCGAACUCGCUUUCUCACAGAUCGGUUCCUCAGCGAUGAUCGGCGCCUGCAUUGGCGGGGCCGGUGGUUUGUACAAUGGUAUCAAUGCAACACGAUUGGCUAACCAAAGUGGAAAAUUACGUCGAACACAACUGUUGAAUCACGUCAUGAAGCAAGGAGCAGCGACGGCCAACACGUUUGGUACGAUAGCGGUAAUGUAUUCCGCCUUUGGUGUGCUGCUGCAAUACGCGCGCGGUGAAGACGACGAAAUCAAUACUAUCGCGGCUGGUGGUGCCACUGGGUUGCUGUACAAAUCCACAGCUGGACUACGGAAAUGUGCAAUCGGUGGCGGAAUCGGGUUGGCGCUAACGUCCUUGUACGUGCUCUGGAGUGUGGCUGGUGGUGGAUCGAAAAAAUUAAGCGAUCUUAAAUCACAGUACUUGUAAUUUCCCUUGUCAGCUAUAGAAUCUACUCUUAACUUAAAGUAAACAUCCUAGCUGUACCGACAGUACCGUGAAUCGCACAGAACCUUAUGCGCGGACAAAUGUAGAAAACAUUCGUGAGAAAGCUUAGUCCAGCUACGAGAAUUCAACUAAGUGUGUACUAAUAUAGGCUCAAACUGGUAGUGGACCGGUCUCUGAAUGUUGGAACAUCGUGCUACUACAUAACUCCAGUGUCAUUGUGCAAAGAGCAACCGUAAUCAGUUAAUAAACUUUUAAAUGGCUCCUGGGUCAAACAGACAACUGUAGUGACAAAAACUUGUAAUUGGCACAUUCUAUUGCUUAUGAUAUGCUAUCAUUUACAAUUAAUUUUAAUAUUAGUGGCCUUUGUUUCAUCUUGCUAGAAUAUACCUGCCAUUACAACUGAUGUUUAAAAAUUGAA